AUGUCAAAUUUUAAAAUAAUUCGUACUAUCGAAACAAAAUUUGGAAUCAAUGUUAUGAAAUGUAAAUCUAAUAGAACUGGGUUAUCAGCUAUUCUUGUCGAUGUUGAAGCUCCCUUGGUCAGUGGAUUUUUUGCAAUCCCAACUGAAGCCACGGAUGAUGAUGGAUGCCCUCACACUUUGGAACAUUUAGUCUUUCUUGGUAGUGAAUUAUAUCCAUACAAGGGUGUAUUAGAUAGUUUGGCAAAUCGCGCAUUUGCCCAAGGAACCAAUGCGUAA